AAUGUGGUGUUUUCUGGUAAUUUUCUUGAGAUAUCUACCCAGAAAUCGUAAAGAAUGGCAGAAGAGACAUCCGUGGAAGUAGCCCCAGCAGUAUCCCCAUCCGGGAAGAAGGCCAAGGCCCCCAAAAGUGCCGCCGCCAAGAAGCCUCGAGUGAAGCCAACGCACCCAAAGACUUCUGAAAUGGUCAACAAAGCCAUUAAGGAUCUGAAGGAGCGUGGUGGAUCAUCCCUGCAGGCCAUCAAGAAGUUUGUGGCAGCCAACUACAAGGUUGAUGCUGAGAAAUUGGCCCCAUUCAUCAGACGCUACCUGAAAUCCGCCGUGACAAGUGGAGCUCUGGUCCAGACGAAAGGAAAGGGAGCCUCUGGCUCAUUCAAAUUGGCUGGAUCUGCAAAGGGCGAGAAGGCAGUGGCAAAGAAGCCCCGUGUGAAGAAAGCUUCUGGAGAGAAGAAAGUGAAGAAGGCUGCAUCGCCCAAGAAGAAGGCAACAGCUGCAGCCAAGAAGGCAGUCGCAGCGAAGAAGCCAAGUGGAGAGAAGAAGAAGGCAGUUGCACCAAAGAAAGCAGCAGCGAAGAAGUCUGCUCCCAAGCAAAAGUCCACGAAGGCAUCUUCAAAGUCGGCAGGAACAAAGCCAAAGGUUCCCAAGCCGAAGAAGACUGGAUCACCGAAGAAAGCUGCGCCAAAGAAGACAGCAGCCAAGAAGAAGUAACUUUCUUCAAAUCUCUUUUCGCAUCUCUUCCCACAUUGGGAAAAACCUCAGACAAACAGCCCUUUUUAGGGCUAUCAAUCAUCUAUAUAAAGAGUUUAGCAAAUCUUGAAUGUUUUUUAAAAACAAAACAAAUUUAAUUACUCGAAAAUAUUAACUUGAUUUAAAUUAAAUUUGUUGGAAAUUCUUGGAAAUUUCAGAUUACUGAAGCGUUAGGGCCGAUAUAGGUUCGGGCUGAUUCUAGAGAUUAUUGGUUUAAUAAACUCAUUAAAUAAGGUUCAAGAAGCACCUAUUGGCAUUGGUACUAAGAAAUCGUGUUCAAACCUAUUGGACCCUUUUUUUAUUCCAUUUGAAAUAUCAGAUUUGAACACAUUUCCUUACAAGAAAAGGCAAAUAAUUAGUGAAAAAACGUCAAUUACCAAUUAGUUAUCUCUGCCAAAUAGGGCAAAUAGGUGUUUUUUCGACCCUACUGUUUUUUAUGUUAGUUUUAUUUUUAAACUUGAUAUUUUUAAUAAAAAUUAUUGAAAAAUUUAAAAUAUUUCCGAAAUGGGAAAUUUUUUUUUAA